UCUACACUUCUCUAUCUCGCAUCUACUCCAUCUUCCCAGCAUUUCUUUCGAUAGCCCAGCUCAAGAUGCGUCAUCAGCACUAGAGCAAUGGUGCGCCUCUCUUCUGCUCACAACUUCACCAUGAUUCCUCGAAUACCUUAUUGACCGCGGGGCGAAUCCGCUUCUCUUUUACUUUCCACCUCAUCUCGCACUCAAACUAGCAUACAAGUAUGGGCAGCCGCAAUAAACAGGCAUUGCAGGACCGUCGUAAAGGAGAGCUGGCGCUCUCCGAUUUCGCGGAUUAUGUGGAACGACAACAGGCAAAGACCCGCAUUCAGCAUCCCGAUUCCGUUGCUGGCGACAGCGGUUACGGUACCGGCGCUGCCUCGUCCGUCACCGAAGACCAUGCAGAGCUCGAGAUCCUCGAUCAAUUAGAACUCUCUGAUAGUCCAAGCCGGGCAAAGCUAAAAGAGUGGCUGCUUGAUACCUCUGAUGAUGCAGCUGCGACACUUCAGGAAUUGUCGGGGCUUGUACAGUCCAGGAUAGACGAGGGCCAUGGCGAGGCACUCUUCGAUCUGGGACUCGAGGAUAGCGGCGACUCAAUGGGAUUCACGAAAGAAGACUGGGACUUGGCUAUGAAACGUAUCAAUGAAGCUGCCGGUAUGCUCAACGCUGCGGUCAACGUCCUUCUGACCUACAAUGUGGGUGGCGACAAGGAGGCUCGUUCCAAAACGACAAACGACCACUCCAGCCACGGCAAACUCCUCAUUCGACAGACUCCAGCAACGGCUGAAGAGGUCAUCGAGACUCGAAUAGCGGUGGUAGGUAACGUCGAUGCGGGCAAGUCGACCAUGUUGGGCGUCCUUGUCAAGGGGAACCUGGACGACGGCCGUGGUAAAGCUCGUGUUAACCUGUUCCGUCACAAGCAUGAGAUUGAAUCCGGCCGAACGUCAUCUGUCGGGAUGGAGAUUAUGGGCUUUGACACUCAUGGUGGUGUUGUCACCUCCACUGUGCCAGGUCGCAAACUCACCUGGGCGGAGAUCGGGACUCGGUCAGCAAAGGUCAUCACAUUUACUGACCUGGCAGGACACGAGCGAUAUCUUCGGACUACUGUUUUUGGCCUCCUCUCUUCUGCACCGAACUACUGCCUGCUCAUGGUGGCAGCCAACAAUGGUCUCAUUGGUAUGUCGAAGGAGCACCUUGGCCUGGCACUGGCUUUGAACGUCCCUGUCAUGGUUGUCAUUACCAAGAUCGACAUCUGCCCUCCCCAGAUUCUCGAACAGACGAUCACGCAGCUAACAAGGAUUCUAAAAUCACCCGGAGCGCGCAAAAUCCCAGUCUUCAUCAAGACAUACGAAGAAACUGUUCUGACUGCCACACAAUUUGUGUCCCAGCGGAUUUGCCCAAUAUUUCAAGUCUCGAAUGUCACCGGGGAAUGCCUGGACCUCGUUCGUACUUUCCUCAAUAUUCUUCCACAUCAUGGUCAUUACGACGACAAGGCGCCUUUCGAGUUCCAUAUCAACGACACUUUCUCGGUCCCCUUUGUGGGCACAGUCGUGUCGGGAGUUGUGAAAUCCGGAAUGAUUCACGCAGGAGACACUGUUCUCGUCGGACCAGACUCGCUCGGACAAUUCCAGACUACAAACAUCCGAUCCAUUGAGCGGAAACGAAUACAGGUGCCGGUCUGUAGCGCUGGUCAAUCCGCCUCUCUUGCUCUGAGAAGGAUACGAAAGAAAGAAGUGCGUAAAGGCAUGGUUGUACUCCCGAAAAUCGAAGGUCCACCGCCAAAGGUGUACCGUGAAUUUGUCGCCGAGGUUUUGAUUCUGUCCCACCCUACAACCAUACGACCAAAAUACCAAGCAAUGCUCCAUGUAGGACCUAUAAGCCAGACCUGCGCCAUCAUUGAGAUUGAUCGCGAGUACAUUCGCACUGGAGAUCGAGCCACGGUCGCAUUUCGAUUUGUGCAGCGGCCCGAGUUUCUUGCAGUGGGGGAUAAAAUACUAUUCCGUGAGGGAAAGACCAAAGGCCUGGGGAUUGUCAAGUCCUUGGAAUACGAGGAAGGGUCAUUGCGCAAACAGGCGCAGCAGGACGUGCAAGGGUCGUCAAAGGAGGAGGAGUCAAAAGACAAGCCGAAGGCGGAGGAGAAAGUGAACGUAACCUCAAAGAUUUCGGCAUCGACGGCGGGAUCAGCAACGAGCGAAAGGCGAAAUAAGUAGCGAGGAGCAUAGGCGUCUAUGGCAGUGGGGGACUGCUCAUGAACAACACUAUGGAAUGAGCUGGGAAUUCUGUCAACAUACAUGUAUUGUUUAAGCUAAUGUCAAUUUAUCCUGUCGAGGAA